AUGCCUGGUGAUAGCAGUGGUGACGGGCAUGAAAUCAGACUCUUGGGUGAUUUUCGCCGGGUAGCAGCAGUGAUGCUGGCCCCCUGCUCAUCGCUGCUGCUGCGCAGCUCCUCCGCCAAGCCGGAUGGAAAUGGCCAGGGUCAAGGGAACUAUCCCAUCAGGACCGGAGAAGGCACUGUCUUUCCUGCACCGGAGAAUGUGCUGUCCCAACUGGACCCAAAUGGCGGCUCCAGUCCCACCGGCAGUGAGACGGUGGAAGAGAUGAACCUGCUGGAGAUGGUCGACGGUCCUGGCCUGGGCUGCGGGCACAUCCUGUCCUUCCGCACGGGAGAUCCGCCCCCCCGGGACCCCACCCUGGCCUGCGAGAGGCGCCGGCUGCUGCUGAUGUUGCAUGGCGGCCAGCUGGACCCGACCCCCUCGGACUCCAGAUCCUGCGGGUGCCUGGAUCCAGGAGUCUCCAUCAUUCCAGACCUAGAUGGGCCCCAGACAGCUCGGCACAUCAAGCAGGAGAGCCCAAGUGACUUCCAGUACCAGGGGCCAUCAGAGUUCCUUGCGCAGAGGAGGAUCGGGGAGAGCCCGGGGCAUGCGGCUCCCACCUCCGGCCCUCCCCUCAACCUGGAUCUCCUCGGUGGCAGUGUCACAGACUCCUCCUCAUCUUAUCUGCUGCCGCACGAGCAUGCGGGCUCCCUGGGGGCCCUGGUCCCUGGGGGUGGCACCCAGGCCGGGCCCCACCCUCCAGCCUGUCUCCUGAAGAAGCGCGGCCUCUCGGUCCUGCCACCGUCCUCCUCCUCCUCCUCCUCCUCCUCAGGGGGCACCACCAUCUUCGCCACCGUCCGGGCCCCACGGGCGUCUCUGGUCCCCUGUGUGAACGGCGUGUGGAUGGGCUCCUCGGGCGGCCCCCACCCUGGUGAGGUCAACGCUCACCUCCCCCACCCGCACUGUCACCACGGGGCCCCCAAGCUCCCCCGCCCCCUCCUGGCUCCCCCAUGCAGUCUGCCACCCCCCCCGGCGUGCCUCGUCCCCAACCCUGCCGACUGUGAACGCGGGGACCGUGAGCCGCCGCCUCUGCAGGUGGGGCAGCAGGGGCGGCCGCGGCCGGUCCAGGACCACGCAGGCCUCGGCCGCCUGCAGAACGGAGCUGCCGGCCUCAGGGAGGCCUCACCCGGCACCCGGAAGGUGGGGUCCCUCAAGCGGGAGCCGGACGACAGCGGCUCGGCCGGCCUCGAACCCCUCCGGCCACCUCAGGGCCCGCCCCCUCCUCCCUACCGUCCACUCCCCAGCUCGCCCCAGCCCCCGGUUCUCCCGGUGGGCCCGGGGGCCGGCCAGGCCUGUCGCUGGGUGGACUGCGGCGCCGCCUACCCGCGGCAGGAUGAGCUCGUGAGGCACAUCGAGAAGACUCACGUCGACCAGCGCAAGGGUGAAGACUUCACCUGCUUCUGGGCUGGCUGCGUGCGCCGCCACAAGCCCUUCAACGCCCGCUACAAGCUGCUCAUCCACAUGCGCGUGCACUCCGGCGAGAAGCCCAACAAGUGCAUGUUUGAAGGGUGCAAUAAGGCGUUCUCCCGGCUGGAGAACCUGAAGAUUCACCUGCGCAGCCACACCGGGGAGAAGCCGUACCUGUGCCAGCACCCAGCCUGCCACAAGGCCUUCAGUAACUCCAGUGACCGGGCCAAGCACCAGCGGACACACCUGGACACGAAACCAUACGCCUGCCAGAUCCCCGGGUGCUCAAAACGCUACACGGACCCAAGCUCCCUCCGCAAGCACGUCAAGGCACAUUCGGCCAAGGAGCAGCAGAUACACAAGAAGCUGCAGCCGCAAGCUGACGUGGAGCCUGACGCGCUGACCCGGGGCCUGGGGCUGCGGCAACUCCUCCCACCGGGACCGGUGCCCAGCCUGGAUGGGCCAGGCGUCCGGAUCGCGGGCCAUGACCUGCUGACUGGCCUGUAUCCCAUCUCCGGCCCGGCUCUCCAUGGACCAUCCCCUGGGCUCCUGCCAAACUCUCAUGAUGUCUCCUCAAGACAUCACCCCCUGGACCCCAUCUUGAUGGGCUCCCAGCACCACCUGGCCACUAUGCCAGUGGCAGAGAACUCCAGCGAAGGGCUCACGCCAAGUAUUCUCUCACCUCAUGUCAGCUCUCUGAAAACACUCGGUCCACCUUCCCUAUUGCAGAAACAUACCCCUCAGCCACCACAGAGCCUCCCUCCAGAUGGAUCCCUCUUCACCACAGGCUCACGUAAACCUUACGCUCAGUUCCAGAGCCAGUCGGGUCAGCAAGCACCCCAAGGUUAUCAAGGCAGCUUCCACACGAUCCAAAACUGUUUCCACUACGGAGACUGCUACCGAGCCGUGGGCCCGGCCCCCUGCCCCGAGGUCCUGGCCGCCACCGCCGGAGAACCCCUCGGCUUCACCCCCUUGAGGCCCAACGGUUACCCCGGCCUCAGCGCCCAGACAGGCUACGACAGCAUGUCUGAUGGCCAGUAUCCGUCUGAAGAUGUCGGCACCGGCAGCGCGGGAGGGCCUGGGUUCUUCCCCAAUGGAGACUUUGACCACUGUUUGAGUCCCCUCCCCUCCGUCUACACGGACACCUAAGUGCCAGAACCUCGUUCUCUGCUCCUCCUCCACCUUGGUCCAGUGCUCCUCCUAGAGCUAUGUCCAGGACUUGCCCCUGAGCUGUGUCCAGUGCUCCCCCCAAAGCUGUGUUCAGGGCUCUCCCCAGAGCUGUGUCCAGGGCUCCACCUAAAGCUGUGUCCAGGGGUCGCUUCUGAGCUGUGUCUCGGGCUUACUCGAGAGCUCUGUCCAGUGGUAGCUUCAGAGCUGUGUCCAGGGCUUGCCCCGGAACUGUUUCCAGUACUCAUCCCAGAGCUGUGUUCAGGGCUCGCCUAAGACCCGUGCCCAGUGCUCACUCCAGAGGUGUGUCCGGUGCUUUGCUCCAUGUGGCUGCUCCAGCACGUGCAUUUAGUCUGGCAGCCUGUAUGAGCUCACUUGACCCAAUCCUGUGACCCAAUCUCCCACCCCCGGCCCCCAGCCCCGACUCUGAACUGAACGGAAACCAGGGGGAACCAGUAGAACGGGCCCUGGACCCGGGCCCUGGGCGAUCGGAGGGUAGGGUCAGGGUAUCUGGGGCGCUCGUUUCCCCUACCCUCCUCUGAACCGUAAACGUGUCGCAUGUGGAACGUGUCAUGGCGGAUGCCUUCCCUACAGGCGGGUUUUCCCAUGGAGACUGAAUUGUCCCAGAGACCGUGUCGUGCCCAAAGCGCUGGACGUUUCUUGAUUGCUAAGAAUUUUUUAGUCACAGACCUCAUGUAGAUAAAAUGUACAGAAUGGAUUUCCAUUGUCCUCAGCUGGUUUUAUAUUUUCCAUUUUCCCAGAAAGCAUUAAAGACUGGAAACCAGA